GAGAGAGAGAGAGAGAGGGCUGGCUGGCUGGCUGCUCAGUGCUGAGUUGGGCAGUGUGGCGUGUGCAGCUCAUGGCAGCGCUCCGCAGGCGGCCUCACGCGUGUGUGUGUGUGUGUGUGUGUCUGUGUGUGUGUGUGUGUGUCUUGGAGCCCAUCUCAAGCCCUCGUAUUUCCUCGUCACCUGCUGGCAGCGGUCUCGUCUCAUGAACUCUUUCCCCCUACAGUACAAUGUUAAGAUAAUAGUCUGAGUGAAGCAGUGGGCUCACACACACACACGCACACGCACACACGCACACACACACAUACACACACACACACACGUACGUACGUAUGUAUAAAGUGAUUAUGCUGGUGGGCCGCAAAAUGGAACUGUGUGGGGAAGAGAUACGCCAUAUGGAAAUGAGUAUUGAUCUGAGAAACACAACAAGGCAGUAUUGAUACAGCCUAAAUGCGAAUUUUCCGACCAAAUGGCGGGUAAAUUAGUAAUCAAUAGACUUCCACCCAUAACGGAUGCCCUAAACUUCUCCUCAACCUUCAAUACUCUCAUCUCCGGUCACUGGCAAUAGCAGUGCAUCGCGCGCCAAGCUUAUCAAACUAAAGGAACCCCCUCAGGAAAGUUACAAGUAGCGCCCAGCUUAUCUUCGCUCACCAAAACGUUCCAAACAGAUCCUAAAACUCUUCCGAGGAUCCCAAACUCUUCCGGGAAUCCCAAACUCUUCCGAGGAUCCCGGACUCUGGAGCCAUGCCGGGCAUCGUGGUCUUCAGGAGGCGCUGGUCGGUGGGCUCUGACGACCUGGUGGUGCCUGGAGUCUUCCUCUUCAUCCUCCACACAAUAUGGUUGAUCGUGCUGGCGGCCAUCUACGGUGCAGUGGGGACGCGGGAGGGCCCGGGAGCCUCCUGCUGGGCCGAGCUCAGGGAGCACGUCGUCGGCUACCUCGUCAUCCUCUCCGGCUGCAUUGUAGUGGAGUUCUGCAUCGCCCACGUGGCCAUGAAGGGCACCAUCCUCGACCCUACCCCUCGGGCUUCCAUGCAGUACCUCCUCUACGUCAGGCUGGCGGUGUUGCUGGCCGAGCUGGUGUGGGUGGUGCUGGGCGUGGUGUGGCUCAGCCAACACUACCAGACCUGUACCUCCAAGACGGCCAAGGACGCCAUAUUAGGGAUCGUGGUGUGUAACUGGUGCGUGAUGGUGUCUGUGGUGCUGACCGUGUGGUGCACCUUCGACGCCGCCGGCCGCAGCUGGGUCAAGAUGAAGCGCUACCAGCGCUCAAUGAGGGACUCACAUACCAGGUUCCAAUACCGACGCUCAGGCAACCGGAACAGGAACUGGAGACAGCGGAAGGUACUACGGGCCUACCAGGAUAGUUGGGACCAUCGGUGUCGGCUCCUCUUCUGCUGCAUGGGCAAGUCCGACGACACUAGGAAUUCUUUCAGUGAUAUUGCAAGAUUGUUGAGUGAAUUCUUCCGUGAUCUGGAUGUGGUGCCCUCAGAUGUUGUGGCUGGCCUUGUCCUUCUCAGAAAGUAUCAGAAACUCAAUCGUGAAGAGAUUGUCAAGAGCAGUAAAAAUGAUGUGUACGAGUUUCUGUCUGGCGUCCCAAUCACCCCAAGGACACGCUUCCUUCAGCUGUCUUCACUGGAGGGGAAGGAGGAGUUUGAGAAGAUUGUGCACUAUAUGAGGUUUGCCCUGGCAAUAUAUGGCUGGCCUAUGUUUGUCGUGGCUAACUCCACCUUUGAGGCAUGCAGGCUGUGUCCAUUACUCCGCUGCUGGCAGUGCUGUUCUUCCCGUGAGGGAAUGCCAGAGGUGGUGGAAGACAACUGUUGUGGGUGCAAUGUUGCUGCUUUUAUGAGAAUGGCUCCUUCAGAAGGCUUGGACCUGGUCUACGUCACUUACCAUGUUGAUGUUGGGGAAACUCCUUUCUUUGUGGCUCUGGACCAUCAUCGCCGCACUAUUGUUAUUAGCAUCCGUGGCACGUUAUCUAUGAAGGAUGUGAUCACCGACCUUAACGCAGAGAGCGAGCCUCUACCCAUGGAUGCUAUUAAAGAGGACUGGCUUGGACACAAGGGUAUGGUGUCUGCAGCAGAGUACAUUCGUCGUAAACUUCGUGAAGAUAAUAUCUUGACUCAUGCAUUUGGUUUUGAUACGAGUCGUGGAACACAGAUGUAUGAUAUAGUGUUAGUGGGACAUUCCUUAGGUGCUGGCACAGCAGCCAUUCUUGCCAUCCUCCUCAAGCAAGAACACCCAAACCUCAGCUGUUUUGCAUACUCCCCACCUGGUGGACUUCUCAGCAUGCCAGCAGUAGAAUAUACACGAGCUUUUAUCACAUCAGUCGUAGUGGGAAAGGAUGUUGUUCCUCGAAUUGGCCUUCAUCAAAUGGAAUCUAUGAGGGCAGACCUUAUUAAUGCCAUCCAGCGAUCCAAGGAUCCUAAGUGGAAAACAAUCAGCUCAUCUGUAACGUGUUGUGGAGCUUGGGAGGACAGUGGCGAGGCAGAGGAGUUCAACACCACACGAGCAGCCAUGAGGGAUCAUGCCUCUCAUCCAUCGGAUGCAUCUAUUGCGCUCACCGUCCAUCAACCAUUGUAUCCUCCAGGCCGUAUCCUACACGUUGUUCGACAUCACCCCGAUAAGAGACAGCAGAAAUAUGAGUCCAGGUGGAGACGGUGGCUGCGAAGGCCUCAGCCUGUGUACCAGGCAGUGUGGAGAGAUAACGAGGACUUCGACGAGGUGCUCAUUUCACCAUGCAUGAUCCAAGACCACAUGCCGGAUAAGGUUCUCAAGUCUUUAGAGAAGGUCCUGGAGAACCCAGGCCCAACGAAACCACAGAGGAUGUCAGACAGCCCAGCCCGACGGAAGAGUGAUGCUCCUACACCCGAAGGGGAAACCCACUGUUUGCUGUCUUCACGUCCUGCAACCCCACCAACAUUCAUGCAACCAAGCUCCAUUAAUGGUUCAUUUAAAGCAACAUCAAUCACAAGUACACACACGUCAAAUGCUGUGGGUGGAAACCGUCUAGCAACUCCUCCUCACAGACUGUUGUUAGAGACAUCUUUCACCUGCACACCCACAGCCUCGCCUGAACCUCCACCAGAUCUUCGUCGUCAUGCACACAUCCAUUCUCCUGCAAUCACUUGGGAACUGCUAUCAGCACUGGAAGAACAGUUACUCAUGGGUAUAAGAGAAGCUGGAAGAGGGUUAGUUGAACGUGGAGAGGAGGAUUGGGCAGCAGGUGUAGCACCCCUAGCUUCUCCAGAGGCACUAAGUGAAGCCUCUAGUGUUGUUUCAAGAGCAUCAUUAUUAUUGAGAGAAGGAAGAAGAGGUUCAGCCACAGUAGCAAAUCUCCAACAAUCUCCACUGCUUAAUCACCGCUUACCUCCAGCUCGUCUUGGAACUGGAUAUUGCUUUUAUGUAGAGACUCCUCCUAUGGAUUCAAGAAAACGGCUGUUAACUACCUCAGAGCAGCUUCCGGAAUCUUCUGAUGAUGAAGAAAUCCAACCACGGCCAAUUUCUCCUUCUUCCUUUAUCACCAUUGAACCAAUCAUACCUACACCUCCCACACUUCGGAAAAACAACGAAUUACAAAGCUCAAAUUAUCUGAAUCCCACACCUCUUAUUUUAAGUGAUAAACAGCAUUCAACACCAGACUUUGCCCAUGAAGAAAAUGAAGCUACUGGAACCGUCCAAGAUAAAAUGGAAACUGUUUUUGAAAAUAUUGAAACCUUAUCAGACGCAGAAGCUGGACUUUGUAAAAGAAGUGCAAGUGCACGAGAGUCACCUGACUCCCCCAGAAGUGGACCAAGCCGAACAUCUUCAGGUUCCUCCCAAAAUUCUCAAAAAGUAAAAUUUGAUCUGACAACUUCACAAAUGUCACGUGAUUCAGGAUAUGGUGAAAAACUCAAUGGUUUUGAAAAUCCAAGUGUCACUGGUGUAGACUGGGAUAUCACAAGUGGAGGGUGGGGAGGACAUCAGCAGGAGUAUGGCCGAGGGCAGUCUUUCCUUGUGCAUCACUAUAUGUACUCUGGAGUGUCACCACAGCUCUCGCCAUCCUCCCCAGCAAACACAGAUUCUUUCACUUCGCCCCUUACCUCUGACCCACCCUCUUCACGGACGGCUUCCCUUCUUCCAACCCCGGUAGAUAUUCCAAGAGUCACCACGUCCAUGUCCAAUCCUGCAACUAUAUCAUCACAAAACCCUCACCCAUUGUACAUGGCUACACCACUAUUACAUGAACUUAGUCGAUCCCCUAAACCCAUUACUAUGGUUGGACGGUCACCUCAAAGAGCAGAAAGCAGUGUUUAGUGGAGUUUAAGAAGGACAGUACAGUAUAAAAAGCAUACAAACAGUAUCAGUUCUAAACAUUCUGAUUUAACAAUAUCUAGUCUUUUAAAAUAGUUCUAAAUUUUCUUCCUAUCUUAUUUUAAUUUGUGUGUAAAAUCAGUAUGUCCCCUUUUUGUUUUCUGAGUCUUGAGUUACUUUGUUUUAAAAAACACAAAAACACAUGCACAUUCAAGAGCACACGGUGCCUUGUGGCCAAGUGGAUAGUACUAAGGGCCAGGGUUCAAUCCUUGGCCGAGGCAGAAACAAAUGGGCAGAGUUUUUUAUCUGAUACUCUAUUCACUUACUAGUAAAUAUGUACUGUGAAGUUAGACAGCUGCUACAGGACACAUCCUGGGGAUGUGUGUGUUAGAGAGAAAUACAUGUAGGAGAUAUGAUAAAGGAAAAUAGGUUGAGAGUCAGUACAAUAGACAAAAAGUAGUAGAAAGGUGGGGUCCAAGGGCUAAUGUCUUGAUCUAGCAGGCACAAAUAUUAAAUUUUUAUUUACUAUGCCUGCAACUGUUAGCUCUUGGAACCCACUUUUCUAACUCAGUUGACUAAUGUACUGACUCUUGACCUAUUUUUCUCUAUCAUGUCUACUAUUAUUUCUCUCACUCUCACUCUUCCAUGCACACCGUGUGCAUGCAUGCACGGCACACACACACACACACACUCUUACGUACAUACAUGUGUGUGUGUGUUAAUGUGUGCACAUGCACUGCAACCUCUAAAAUCCAGACCUCCAUACUGUAAUCUCUCUAAAUAGCACACAUUUAUCCUUUGGAAUAUUGCCUCCAAAAUUAGGAGAUCUGAAUUCCUGUGGGGGUUAUGGUGAAAUCCAGAUUCGGUUCGUCAUGUAAAGUAGUGUCCAGAUGUGUCCUUAUCUUUUACUUCUUAUUCUAGGUCAUUUAAUAGUACUGUGUACUGUACUUUACUUUAAAGAUUUGAAGUAAAAUAUUUUAUUUAAAAAUGUUAUUUGCUUGUAUUUAAAAAUGUUAUUUGCUGUAGAUGUUAUAAAUUUUACUAGUGUGUUUGUUUCUGUGGUGGCCCCUAGGUAGCUUCCAAAUUCAUUGACUCUAGUACCAGACAUCCAGAAAGCUACCCCAGACUCUGGGCUUGUGCAGGUCUAUUGAACAUUAGGACCAGAAUCGAUUUGAUUAUAAGGAGAGCAUUCUAUUUUGGUUACUUAGUGUCACAUUUUAGUACUUCAUACUGUCAUUGAUAUUAGGUUGUCUGAUAGUCGUUUUUUUUUACUCGUGUACCUCUGGAACCAACUUAGGCACUUGAUUCAAAGCUUGACUUUGUCCUCAGUUUAGUUCCACAUGUCUCAUUAUUUUGAGAAUAUUUUAUUGAAGCUCUUAUUUCUGUUGUAGCUGGCCAUGGGUAAUAGGAUCAGUGACUUCAUGCUCAUCUUCGGCAUCUUGGCAAUCACUUUGUACAAUUACUUUCCUUCUAUUUCUGGGCAAAUAUUUAUCUGCUGCCUAUUGGUGUGCAGGUAUGGAUUUUUCACCCUUUCAUCUCUUUUUCUCCACUGGUGAUAGUGCGCAAAUAUCUUUGGGUUUCUCAUUCCACUUGCUUGGAGGUUCUCUUCCUAAAUCUUUGUACUACUGCAUUGCUCCCUAUUCUAAGGCAAACCUAGUCUAUGACCACUGGUUAAAAUUAAGAGCCCAUGUACCCAUGAUAUUUGGUUUUUGAUUCACUGCAGUAUUCUUGAAAAGUUUUGCUACAAGAAUCUCGAUGUAGGGCUGGACUGCUAUUUACCCAAUCUACCGUAUCAACAUUGUUGCCUUAGUCUAUCUUCUCUUUAUUUGCCUGUACUCCUCUUGGCAGUGAGGCACCUGUGCCUUCUACUCAAGUUAACCUUGUUCUCACAUGACAUUUCUGCUUUGUGGUACUGUACUUGUUCAGGCAAGCACCUUUUUUCGUAGUGGUUGCACCGUGGGACAAACAUUGUGUACCAUUUUAAUAUGGCAUAUAUUUAAUAAAACUUUAUAUGCAAACACAACAAAAAUUACAUAUUAAUUACAGCACUAUUAAGAGCAAUGAAUAAUAAAAAGAUACAAAAAAAGUAAAUAAUCAGUUGGGAAUUAUUAUGCAGAGUUAAUUUUGGUUUUCUUGGCAAGAGCAUCCCUGAAUUGAAAACUUUUUCUGAUUAUGAAUUGAUGGUCUGAUGCAAAUUUUUCAUGUAUAAAUUGGAGGUAUUGUAUUCUUUAUAUGGAUAUCAGAUUUUAGAGGUUGCACUGUUUUUAAAUAAUUACAGUUCUGUAUUGUACUAGUAAAUUAUAAUUAUUUUGCCUGUUCCUUCAUGUUUUAUGCAGGUGUUGGUGUAUUUGUUAGUUUCAAAUCAAAUAAUUCUUGGAUCCUAAAAUUAUUUAAUAUUUAUAAUAAAACUUCAUUUUAGCCUUUAUCAAUGACUGAAAACAUGGUGCUACCACAUAGUUUGUAAUACAGUAAUAUAUAAGUCAAGCAUCCGAAGGAAAUAAAUUAAUAAAAUGUCAACUUUCUUAUAAAAUGUGUAUGCAGAGCAUAUUUACCAGUAAUACUUAUUUGUUAACAAAGUUAAAAUAUUUUUCUGGUGUAUUUUGUUGCCAAGGUGAGUGUGGAGAUGCAGUCUGACACAAGUUAAUUUAUUUUCAUAAUUACAAAUUACACUUAAAAUGGGUGGACUUCUGCACUUCAUCUAAUUUCUAAGCCCAUUGGCUUAACUGGUGUUUUCUCAUUUUCAUUUAGAAUAGUUGAGCAAAUACAUCACUGUAUAUAUAUUCAGACCCAUUAUGAAGAGUAAAUAUUGUUUAUUUAUAGUACUGUACAUAUGUGAAGAGUGUAACGUGAUGCAUUACGAUGCACAGACUCACUUUAUCCACCUGAAAAAUCUUGUGGUAGUAGUGUGGAUGGCUUAUCAUUUCCUGAAAACAGCUGCAUAACCCUCCGAUAAAAAUAUUUAAUGAAGGUACGGUAUAUAGUCAGGGGUACAGUCCUAUAUUUACAUAUUUGGAAUGAAAUCUCAGAUUACUUUGUAUCUCUGUCCUCAAUACAGGAUUUUGCUUGGUUAAACCCGCAAUAUCUACAACUAUUUAGCCGAAGCGGUUAUUUAUGACUUUGUAGAUUCAGAGAUUCAUAAUCCAAAUACAUGAUGUAAAAAUUUAUUUUAAAAUUUUUUAGUAUGUUAUUCAAUAAUGUAUUCUCAUUGUUUAUCUCAGGAAGACAUAUUUAUAGUUUUGUCACACUAUUUGUGGUGAAACUUGGUUUGGAUUUUUGUAUAUAGUGGAAAGAAUGGGAUACGACUUUGUGUAUUAAAUAUCAUGAGUUUAUCUUGUGUGCUGAAUCCAACCAUAGAAAUGUAGAAAUACUUUCACCAGUCAUGAAUCAUGACACAUCUCUCCAAAUCCCUGAUUUGAGGCAUCAGUUGGGUGAACACAUCACUGAUCAUGUCCUUCACUUCACACACAUCCCUAAUACUAUCCUCCACACACACAAUCACUAAUCUUGUCCUCCAUACAUACACACACACACAUCACUUACCCUGUCCUCCACACACACACACACCACUAAUCCUGUCCUCCAUACACAUCCCUAAUCCAGUCCUCCACACACACACACAAGCAGUCGUUUUGGAAACUGGAAUAUGCUGGAAGUGUGACAAGGAGACUUCUAACAUGGAUACAAAAAUUGUGACAGAAAACUGAACAUGUUUGUUGCUUCUAGGGAAGAUAGGAGAGACAGAUAAUUGUCAUACCCUUCAGACUGAUCUAGAUAAAAUAAGUGCUUGGAGCACCAUGUGACAAAUGGAAUUCAGUGUGAAUAAAGCCCAUGUUAUGGAUUGUGGAAUCAGAGAAAAUACACCACACAAAGCUUACAAAUUAUGUGGAGAGGAAUAUAAGAACUCUUAAAAUUUUUUAAAGAGAGCUAGGGGUGGUUUUGGAUAGUAGACUGUCACCAGAGGAAAACACCAUUAUGUGUGGAGCAUAUGCAUAACUUUCCAACUUCAGAAUCUUCUUUUUUUUUUAAUUACAUGGAUUGUGAAAUACUAGUCAUGAUUGUGUUCAUGAUUUUAGUGAGACCAAAAUUGGAAUAUGCAGCUAUCAUAUUAUGUUGUGUAUGAGAAUAUCAGUUCUCACACACAACGUAAAUUUUAGUCUUGGCCUUGAUGCUGUCGAGUCUUAUCUUUCACAUUACAGUAUAUAGUUAAAAACUCUAAUCAUCUUAGCAAGUUAGGUCUGAAUUAGGCUAUCUGCCCCCUCUAUGCUCUAUUUCUUCUUUCCCUAUCUCUGUAUGUCAAAUUUGGAUCUCUGAUAUACUAGUACUGUACUGUAUUUCAUAUUUUCAUUUAUUUACUUAGUUAUCCUCAUUCUCUAUUCUGUUUACUUUGUUUUUUCUCCUAAGGAGUUACCUUUAACUUGGGGUUAAUGCAUAUUCUUCUUGGACCUCCUCAUCUUUCUUGCCUUAUAAUUGUUUCUUCCUCUGGUUUAAGUAGAUAAAGAUCUAGGACAAACCAAAACAGUGUUACUUUCAUUUCUUGUGUGGGUUUCAUUAUUUGAAUUCAACUUUUGUCAUAUCUGUGAUCAUAUAUUUCAUUAUACAUUCAGCAAGGUAAAAUGGGACAAUCUCCUUUAACCCCUGGGAGGCAUUUGCCUUAACAUAAUAGUGGUUCACUUUCUCACUCUGUGCCCAGACAUCGAUAAUCUGGCUUUUCGAGGCGCCACCCAUCAAUGCAUGUAAUGUUUACUGUUCUCAAAGUUAUUUAUUGGGUUAUAACUAUGAAUGCUGAAUACCUGCUCCUUGUUCAAACUGCACUGUCCUCAUAGAAUGUCCCAAUUUUUGAGAUGAUAAAAAAUCCUACUUACCAAUGUCCUUUUGAGUUGCUUAUCCCUCGAUAAAUCCUUAAUGAAUUCAAUGCUUUUGACAUUGCUCAUCUUGUGUACUUUUGCUUUGAUAUUAGGAUUUUGAUUUUUUUAUUAUUAUACUUUGCUUCGGACAGGGCUUGAUGCCUUCUUUUGAUAAUUACUUUUUGUACCACUUCUUCAGUGCUCUCAAAGCAGCCAAUUUCUCUUUCUUAACCUAAAUAUUCAAAGUUUGAAUGUAACAGCAGAGCACACACACAGUAUCUUAUGAGGAGUCAAGAUAGACAGUGAAAUGCAUACUACUGUCAACACUGAGGCAUUGCUAAGUCUAAUAUCCUUCACUUUCUUGAUCAUUUUUUCUGUACAUUUUGACUUCUGCUCCAAUAUCAUUUUAUCUACAAUAUCACAUGUUACACAAGUGCAAAUAACACUUAGAAUUAUAGUCGAAAAUCUGUUGUAUUUGUGUGGGAGUUGGAGAACCUGUGGUUGGUCCCCUUAUGGUUUGUAUUAUGUUGUUGCAAAAAAAAAAAAAGGGUAAGGUAGCAUGUUAAAAAUGUUGAGAUUGGAAGAUACAUUUUACUGUCAUCAGAUACAUUACUGAAAAACCACAAAUGCCAAGAGCAUCAUUGAACCACCAUAGUGUUAAUUAUUAUCUUCCUCUAUACACUUCCCUAUCCGUGUUCUAUGUUUUUUUUAUUAUUAUUAUUAUAUAACGUUCUCUCAUUGUCAUUAUACUGUAUAACUAUUUUUUUUUAUAUAACUUUAUUUUUUUAUAUAACUGUCCUCUUCCCGUUACUUUUAGGUAUACAUUUUCGUUACAUACCCAUACAAUAUCAGUACAGCAUUACAGUAUAUUACAAGUCCAUGUUUAAAUUUAAUUUAUUAAAUCAAGCAAUGUCCUUGAAUCAACUUUCAUUUUUCAGAACAAUUUUGGACCUAAUAUCACAGUUUUUGAACACUUGCCUGCAAUUUACUACUUUUCAGUAUCGUCUAUCUAUAAUCAAAACACUUACACUCAGAAUUUUGGAUCCUCUUAAAUUAACCUAAACAUACCACACACAUUCCGAUUUAAAUCUUUCAAAUACUGUACCUCCACAAUAUUUUAAAUGCCUUAUACCUUCAGUAUUUUCCAAAUGGUAUUCCUUUACUUGUACAGUGCUGUUAGCCCAGACCUUGUACACUAUUCCAUUAUUACAGUAAAUAGGCAAAAACAUGCCACAAAUUUAUGGUCAUCCAGAGGCAAAAACAAAUGUUGGUCAACUAAGCUAGGCAGUAAAUCUGACUAACAUUUGUCAGGCUAGGAGGCAUUUGUUAAAAAAAUCUUUGAUAUAGGCUCUAACUCGUUUAACAAAUUUGUAUUGGGUCAUUACUGUUCUUGUUAACAUUUUCCCAAAGCUUCUGAUGGUACCAUUAUUAACUAGUUGAUUAAUAAAGACUGAAAAUAUUUGUGCAUAUGCAUAUGGUUUGUAUGUACAUGUGUUAAGCAAAUUUACACUCAACUGGCCAGCGCUUACCAAUACGUAGGGAUCGAAUAAACCAUAGGUCAUACCUUGAUAAAAUGCUUUUUACAUGCUGCCAUCUCUCUCUCUCUGCUAUUUAAAUAGUUUCCCCUAAAUAAACAGGAUAAAGAUAUGAAAACACAAUUACAGUAUGAAAAUAAUCACCAUGGUUGGAAAUAAGACAGUUUAUAAAUUUACUUUCAGUGUCUCCAAACAUCUCUUGGCAAUUAUACGAGCCUUAAAUAUCAGCAACCUGAUAGAAAAUUUUAAUGAAUGUACAGUCAUCUUGAGUUAUGCCUUUUCAAAUUUAAAUUGUUAAUGAAUUGUAGCCACGAGUGCUGUGAUUUACUCAUAGAAUGAAUAUUUAAUCUCUCCAUAUUUGUAGAUUUAUUAAUGCAGGAUAGAUUGCAUCACUGCCUUGAUUAUUGUAAAGCCUAUUUAACCAGGAUUUUGAUAACAUCUGGUUUUCUGUCAGUCUUGUCAAAUUGAAGCCAUUUAUUUCACUGCCUUGAACGUGUGUGUGUCUUGCUACAGUGCUCUAUAAACUCUAAUACUAAUGUAUAGUCAGCAAACUUUUAUCUAGCAACUCAAAAUUCUGGUUAAGUCUUUGACAAUUAAGACUUUGAUAUGCUUAAAAUUAGCAAAUAGAAUAAGUUUCACUUGUGCUGUUGCUCUGUACUUGAUAUAUACUUACUGCAAUUUUUCUCAGUGUUUCAUUCUAAUUACUCUACUUUAAUGACUGUCAUUGAAGUUCUUGGUAUCAGUGUGAUAUUGCAAUUUAAAUGACUGAAUCAUAUUGAGUUGGAAAUACUGUAGUUUUUUUUAUAGUAAUACAAUCAAAAUUGUAUGUCUGGUAUAAAAAAUUGUGCAGUUUCGUAUAUAAUAGUGAUGUGUUCUAUGAAGACAUCAUUCCACCGAUCAUCCUCAACUUCUACAUACUGUACGUAGCAUAAUUUUUUAUUUGUAGUAAUUUUUUGUCCGGUUGCUUAUUGAGUAAAAUGUUGAGUAUGUAUUUUGAUCUAAAUUUUAACAAAGUAUUUUCAUUCAGGUUACUAGUAUUAUGGUUUGUUGUAUGUGAAUAAUGCCCCUACAACCAUACAGACUGUAGUCAAAGUAUACACUUGUGUAAGAUCAUUAUUACAUAUUGUACACUUAAGAAUCACCUUUGAAUUUUCUGUAAAUUACUACUAUUCAUCAUCUACUUCGGCAGUUCCAUCUUUGAUUCAUGUUAACUACAAUAAAAAAAAAAGUGUAGUACCACUUAAUUCUUUAAAAUAUAAGUACAUAAAGUACAGUAUAAGUAAAAAAAAAGUAUUGUAAGUGCAGAAUGAACAUUUUCUAGAUACAAAUAUCUUUAUUAUUGUAGUUUUUCUUCUUUGCAUGGAAAAUAUUUCGGGAACAUCUUACUAAAGUGAAAACCAAUCCUCACUUAGGCACUUGAUUCAUAGUUCAUGUGUUAACCAAUCUGUUAGUCAGCAUAAAAGUUUCAUAUUGUAAAUAAGUAAAAGAAUUUAUUUCCUGUUAUGCAGAGUAAUUUGAUAUGCUUUACAAUAUUGAUUCUGUAAUUUUAAACAAUUCUAAAAUGUUUGAAAAUAGGAAGCAGCUAAUCAUUCCAGUAGUUCUGCCAUGACAAUAGACCCAUGUGUUUGCUAUAAACAAUCAAACCCUCUUUGUUGGGAUCAUUAAAUAGGUUUAACUUUUUGUACUCAAUAUACAGUUUCAUUGUGUUAAAUUUUCAUGUUGGAUAAUUUACAUGUUGUUAAUAUUGUUUAUAUUAUUCUAUAAUAAGAACUUAGUUUGCUUACUCUGUGAGAAUGUGUAUUUUUGUGUAUGUGUAAUUGCCUAAAUGCACUUACUGGUCAAAUUAUGCUUGUGGUGUCCAGUCUUCCCUUUUAAUCUUUGUCGUAUGACAUUUGUAGCUUCUGAUGCUUUUGGCAUCUUCUCAUCUAAAUGCUUCUCAGUCCAUACCUGUUUGCAACAGAGAACUUUUAUAUGUUUUAUUUCAACACCUCUUGGUGUUAAAGUUGUAGGUUUAAAAAAUUCUUUCUGCUCAAUUUUUUCAAGUUCUGUAGCAAUUUUGUUUGUAGUCACAUCGCCUUUUUUUCCCCCAUCUGUCUGUUAUACUAGCUUUGUAACAUUUAACACCUUCAGCCUCUCCUCAUAGCUCAUUCUUUUUAGGUGCAAUCUAAUUUUAGUAGCACGUCUUUGCACCUUUUCUAUUUUGUUGAUGCACUUCUUCAGAUAUGGACACCAAACAACUACUGCAUAUUCUAAUUUUUUUAAUUUUCAUCUUGGGAAUAUCGUGAGCAAUUUCUUUAAUACUAAUCAUCCAUUAAUUUAAAUGCUAUUUAGAAAUAAGCAAGUAUAGCAUGGGCUAAUUUUAAAAUACCUCUGAUGUGAUCUUUUUAUAACAUACCUGGAAUGAGUCUUGAAAGUUUCUCUCGAAGCCUAGCCCUAGAUAUGUCUAGAGGUGGGUAUGGAUAGCAAACUUGUCAGAGGGCAUCACUAAAAGAAUUGUAAGACUAGCCUAUGCUAUGCUUGCAAAUUUCAAAUUCAUGUUAAAAUACUUGGAUGAGAAAAUAUUUAUAUUUUAAAGAAAUGGUGCAUAACAUUCGCAAGGUAAAAAUUAGGAUAUGCAGCAGUUAGGUGUGUGUGUGUGUACACACUCACCUAGUUGUGCUUGCAGGGGUUGCAAUUUGGCCCCCUCAACUGGUGUACAGGGUCCUGAGCCUAUUGGGCUUUGUCAUAUCUGCAUUUGAAACUGUGUAUGGAGUCUGCCUCCACUUCCAUCACUUCCUAAUGCAUUCAAUUUGUUACUCUGACAUUAGAAAGACAUUACAUUAUCUUUGUGGCUCAUUUGGGUACUGUACCAAGUUUCCACCUGUAUCCCUUUGAUUGUAUAUAACCUGUGCUAAAUGGUUUGUCCUUAUCUAUCCUAUUAAUUCCUCUGAAAAUUUUGUAGGUGGUAAUUGUCUCUCUUCUCUGUCUUCCAGUAUCAUGUGGUUAAAUGCCAGUAGUCUUUCCUCUCAGCUCGGCAACUACUCUGAUGGCAUACCUCUGUACUUUUUCUAACUUCGACUAGUGUUUGACUAAAUAUGGGCAAUGCU